CUGACGGAAGUGAGGGAGAAACUGUUGAUGUCGACGUCCUUGCCGCUACUGCAUUUUCGCUUCCGUGGAAUUAAAAAAAGUUGUUGAAUGUUUUUCUCCCGGAGUAGCAUGUACCGACUGGCGUAACGAGAGAUCAGCGACAGGCGCAAAUGGAAGCCUGAGGCAACGUCUCUUGUAAUCUACACCGUGUUGCAUUCGUGGACAUGACAGGAAGCGGAGCGAGCAAGUAGGAAAUAAUAUUUAAAAAGGCUAUGUUGUGGAGAUGAUGUCAUAGAUUGUCACUGUCACUUAGUGUGUGACUAUGAAGGCAAAUUUCGUAUGGAUGUUUAUUGCUCUCGUGGUGGUGUGUGUUGGCACAUACUUUUUCAAGACAUUACCUUGGAAUGAUCAUGCAUUACCUUGGAAAGACCAUGCACCUUUGGAAAUGUCAACCCAGCAACAAACCACUGAGACGGACGCACAAAGUGUAGUGGAACCUGACGUUUCGGCGAGGCAAGCCGCAGAAGAUACCCAACCGAGCGUGGAGAAAGUGCUGGCUCUGCGCUUGCUGUGCUGGGUGUUGACGGGCACGAAGACGUCGCGCGUGUACGGCGCGGCCAUAAUGGCCACGUGGGGUCCACGCUGCGACAAGCUGCUCUUCAUGUCCAGCGAGAAGGACGAGGCCGAUCUGCCCGGCCGUGUGUCGCUGCGCGGCGUCUACGAAGGUCGGCCGCAGCUGGUGGCCAAGUCGCGGGCGGCGUGGACGCACGUCUGGGAACGGUACAGCAAAGACUAUGACUGGUUCCUGAAGUGCGACGACGAUGCGUACAUCAUCGUGGAGAACCUGAAGCUGAUGCUGUACCCGCACCCGCAGACCAAGCCGAUCAUCAUGGGUCGCAAGCUGCGGGAUGGAUACAUACGGUACAUGUCCGGUGGGCCGGGUUACGUCAUGAACCGGCCGGCGCUGGAGUUGCUCGGCAACGCCAUCAAGACUGGCUGCAUGCACAGCGACAACGUCCACGAGGAUCAGCUGGUGUCGAUCUGCCUGCGAAUGAUGGGAGCGGAGCUGCGAGAGGGACACGAUGCGAGAGGUGUGCACCGGGUUAUGCUGCUGACACCGGAGCUGCACCUCAACAGGGGCAUGAUCGUGCGCACGGACUAUUUCUGGACGCUGAAGCGGGUCAUCGGGACCGAACAUGGUCACUUGGAGACCCUGGAGGGACCGAGCUGCUGCUCGGAUUUGGCCGUAGCAUUUCACUACGUCAAGCCCCCUAUGCAACGCGUCCUUGAGUUUCUUAUCUACAGGCUGCAGCGGUUUGGAGAGCGGCAACGCACCGUUGUCAUGAAGAACACUACAUCAGAACUUCUAGAAAACUAAUCCUAACCUGCAGUGUACGCGUUGUGGGAAGUCUUGAUGUUCUCUGUGACCCACUGCUGAAGCUACAUGUCAAACCAUAAUUAAGUAAAGCACAUAAAACAGAGGGGUUCCCGGCUGUCCAAGAGAGUUCUCAAUACCGAGAGGCAGAGCUAGUUCAAACAAGUAUUUUACUUCGAGUUUCACGCAGUGAGCGAUCAUCAGAAAACAGUAAAGCACACAUAUAUAAAAAUGAGAAUGUAAAGGACAUGAUAUGGGGCAAUUGAUGAACAAACACUGAUCACCAACAAAACCCGGUAUUAAAAAAAAGAUAUUGACCAUUUAUACUGGAUCUAUUAUGACUACCCAGUCUGUUGACAGGGGCUAAAGACACACGUGAGAACGCCACACACAAUACAGGACGAAGUUUAGCAGCUAGAUUCACCUAUUAUUUAUAGAGAUCUGCAAAUAGAUCCUUCAAAGGGCUAUUACAGUACACUAUUUGAAAGUGAAUAUUAUUAUUUAUUAUUUAAAAGUAUCCAUAUACAUGUACAGUCAGACCUCGCUUAUCCGGUCCUCGUUUAUCCGGAUCCCUCGCCAUCCGGAAGAAAAUAGUUGGUUACAAAUGUACAGCAUAUGCCAUGCUUACAUACAGUAUGUGUGUUCGAUUAUCCGGUUCCCUCGCCUAUCCGGAUAUUUUUGUGGAAAACGGAUGUGUGCGGUUAUGCGAGGU